AGACUUGUUUAGCUCAAGCUUUUAAGUAGAGAUCUUCGGCUCAUUUAGCAUUAGUAUUUGUUGCGGUAGUCAGUGGCUGAACUCUGAACGCUAAACGCUGAACGCUUGUGAUCGGUUUUGAGUGCCAUCCGAGGAUAUCUGAUUGUUUCUGAUAGCUGAUUUUGUUGCUUUGCGCCUAUCAGCAGGCAACCAAUCAGUGAGAAUAAUGUAUGAAACUUACAAGGGUGAGGUGAUCCAAAGAGUGAAAAUGGAUCUGGAUGGUAGCAAAGACACACCGAUCCAAGAGUUCUACAAUGACGCGACAAUCCUGGUGACGGGAGGGACGGGCUUUCUUGGCAAGGUGCUAAUCGAGAAGAUCAUGAGAACAUGCCCCAAAUUCUCCAGAAUGUACCUCAUCAUACGACCCAAAAAAGGCAAAGACUCACUACAACGAUUGAAGGAGAUAUUCGAUGAUCAGCUAUUCACCAAAGUGGACCCCUCAGCGCUGCAGAAGAUCUCGAUAAUCUCUGGCGACUGCAGCAAACCGAUGCUAGGUCUAUGCAGCGAGGACCAGGACCUCCUCCAGAAGCAGGUCUCCGUGGUGUUCCAUGUGGCAGCCACUGUCAGAUUCGACGAGCCUCUACCAAUAGCUGUGGCUAUCAACAUAGCUGCCACUCGCGAUCUCAUGACGCUCGCCAAGGGUAUGCGGAAACUCAAGGCAUUCAUUCACACAUCUACUGCUUACUCAAACUGCCACUUGAAGAAAAUCGAAGAGACCUUUUACAAUUCGCCCAUACCUUACUCGAAACUUAUCACAUUGACAGAAUGCUUGGACCAUGCACAGCUGGAGCAGCUAACACCUAUACUACUGAGGGAUGUACCAAACACCUAUGUUUUCACAAAAGCAGUAGCUGAGGAUUUAGUUCUGAAACACAGUAAAGGAAUUCCUGUAGCCGUUGUCAGGCCCAGUAUCAUCAUAGCAACAGAGAAAGAACCGAUUCCCGGAUGGGUGGACAACCUUUAUGGACCGUCAGGUGUGGUGGUAGCCUCGACAACAGGCAUCAUGCGAACUGUCAACGUUGACGGAAAUGUCAUUGCAGACGUUGUUCCAGUCGAUAUGGUCUCCAACGCGAUCAUCGCAUCAGCCUGGCAUUUGGACACGAUGAAGAACAAAGACAGCACAGAACCACCGCCGAUCUUCAACUGUGUGUCUUCGGUGCAAAACCCGAUCACGUGGUACACAUUCUUCUCGCUGUGCUACAAGUACUGGCCGCACACCAUCUUCGCCAUCUGGUACCCCUUCCUCAGCAUCAACAGCAGCCGCACCAGGCAUCGGCUGCUCUCCUUCAUCUGGCACUACCUUCCUGCUCUAGUCAUCGACUCCAUAGCUCAGCUCGUCGGCAAACAGCCCAACCUAGUGAAAGUGUCAAACAAGGUGGAGAAGAUAUGCUCGCUACUGUCCUACUUCAGCACACGGCAAUGGGACUUCCGAGAUGACAAUCUGCAGAGCAUGUGGCAGUCACUCAGCAGUGAGGACCAAGAACUGUUCUGGUUCAACAUUAAAUCACUUGACUGGGAGAAAUAUUUCUACAACUACAUGAGAGGUGCCCGACAGUAUCUGUUGAAGGAUGACCUGUCGAGUAUACCAGCUGCAAAGACUAGGGUUCAGAGGUUAUACUGGCUGCACUGUUUUGUCAUAAUGUGCCUACUCUUCCUUUUCCUGAACACGAUGUGGUAUUGGUUCGGAGGUCUCCUUGUCAGCUACACACAAGAUAUGAGAUACCAUUUAACCUCGAGUCCAACAGACACCUAUGCUGACAAAAUUAACAAUGCAUUUUAGUAUUGUUACUUGUAAAUUUAAUUUAUGAAUAACUGCUUCGUAUUCCUAAUCAUCAACUUGUUCUCAUGUAUAUUUCAUGUUUUAUAUAGUUAUUAAGGUGAAAGAAUAAAAGUUUUUUCAAAAACCAA